CUGGUUCGAAACGUUGAGAGCUCCUUUCACUACCACCCAAGAGACGACAAGAGGACCGGAAUGUGCUCUCUAUAAGCGGGAAACAGGGUUAUAUUCACUGAGGGAAGUUUCUGAAUAUAUCUGCGGUGAAGAUUUAGAAAAAAAAAGAAAGAAAACCGCAAUAAGUCGUGCAGGUGGAGGAGCACACGCUGACCGGUGAACCCGUUUUUAUCAUCCAGACCUUCUCUCACCUGAGCUCGACCUCACAGACCAACAUGUCCGUGGAGAGCUACUCUGCGCUGGACGAGUCCUCUCUCCGAGCCUUGCUGGAUGAAACCGUGGAUCUGGACGAGAGGCGCGUCAUCCGUUCAGCCAUCCGUGAGUUGAGGAGGAGGGAGAUCGAGGACAUGGAGGCCGCUCUGGCCAGCAAGAGGUUUCGACCCACACGCAUCAUCCAGCAGGAGGACAAGGAGAACCAGCACAGCGACAACUUGAACGUCCUGUCAAAAAAACUACAAUCAAUCCAGGACAUUGAUGAGCUCACAAAAAUGCUCCGAACCGCCAGCGAGUACGAGGAGAGGAAGUUGAUCAGAGCAACCAUCCGACAAAUCAGAGAUGAACAGCAGCAAGGGUCUGCAGAGCAAGUCAAAGCUCCGGGUCGCUGCCAGGAGCCUGAGAGUGUGGAGCCCCAGAGCACCAUGGGAACUGUGGAGACAGAGCGCGAGAGUCACAGUGAGCAGGAGCGUGUCCGAUCUCAGAUCCAGGAUUUACGGGGACAGCAGACGCAACAAAGCAAAGAGCUGCAGAGAAAAGACUCCAGCUCAGGCAUGGUGCUGGAUCUGGAUCACCUGGGGAAGGACGAUGGCCCUGCAGCGCUGCUGAUCCAGCCUCAGAGAGAGGCUGAGAGCAGCGAGCAGGACCUCGUCCUGUCUCAUCGUCAGAGGUCCGACUCCUCAGCGUCAGACCGCAGUGUGACCUCUGGGCUCUCCAGGUCCAAUCUGGAUUCUGUGGCUUCAGAGAAGAGCGGGGGCUCAGCCUUCAGAGGCCGGCUGGACUCUGGAGCCUCAGACAGGAGCCAGAGUCCCUUCCAGAGAGGUCGGCUGGACUCUGGGGCUUCAGAGCGGAGCGUCGGCUCCCUGACCCACAUCAGGCAGAGACUGGGUUCAGAUGUCUCAGACUCCGGCGUCAGACCCCGUCUGGGCUCCGGGGCUUCAGACAGCGCUGGGCUUUUGUCACGGAAAAGGACCGACUCGGGGACAUCUGUUAGUGCGAGUGUGUCCUCUGAGGAGAGGGGUCCAGCAGAGGAUGUGGAGGUAUCCACGAGCGGUUCCACUUACAGCACAGAUUCAGAAGUUGAGCGCGUAAGUCAAGGUCAAGCCAGCCUUCAGGCUCCGUCCAAACAGGACAGCAUCAUCGACCAGGAGCAGCCGGAUGGAGCUAUCUUAUCCCGGAAAGAUCCUGCAAAUGGCCUGCUCAACGGCAGCAUCAAGGGAACAUUUGACUUCCAGAAAGAAAAGAUGACAAUAAACACUGAUCUGCCCCUCAAUAAUGGCAAAGCAAAGGAUUCUGCACCUGAGAAGAAAGUGGUAUUGGAACAAUUCAACCGAACCAACUCUGUACGCGAUCGAAUGCGUAAAUUCACUGAAGCAACCCAGAUCGCAAACGUCCCAGCUCUGAGGAAAGCUCCUCUGAGGAACGGCACCUCCUCCUCCGGCGGCAGCAGCCAGGCGAAUCUGUCCAGAGCCACCGAGAUGUUUACACACACAGGAGCAUCCCUCAGCAGAUCUGGAGACAGGCCAGAGAGGCCACGUGUGGACUCCACAUCUCACACCUCCGCAGCAUCCCAGAGUCAGGCUGUACCUCAGCCAAGAGGUGUGGCCAGCAAACCUCUGUCUUCAGCCGGCCAAUGGCAGAGCUCCGUAGGCGGGACGAGGCAUCCAGCAGAAAAAGAUGCGCAUGCCUCCAGUAACUCAAAGGAAGACGGGACCCCAGGGAGAGCAGCUGAGCAGCAGGUCACCCAGGAAGAGGCAGACCCCGACAUGAAGACUUUCCUCACUAUCGAGAUCAAGGAUGGGCGCACCACCUCCACCUCUACGUCCUCCCCCAGGGCCAACAUGGUGCCCAUCACCAACAUGACCCCACGCAUCACCACUAAUCCUCUGGGGCAGAGAGGAGAGUUGACCCUCGGCCUCAGAGCUACACCGUUCAAGGUCUCCUCAUCCAGCCUCUCCUCCGAAUCCUCCAUCAAGAUGGAGACAGAGCCCGUGGCCUCGGAGCCGGUGUCUGCAGCUGCAUCGUCUGCCAAGGUGGGGAGUCACGUCCCCACCAUCCCAAACGGCUCCAGCACUCAGGGCAAACAACACGAGCGCUCCGGAAAACUGACAGCCGACCAGCUGGCUGCUAUCGAGGACGAAGAGCUCCUUGACAAAAUGCUCGAUGAGUCAAAAGACUUUGAGGAGAGGAAGAUGAUCCGUGCAGCCAUGAGAGACCUUCGCAAGAGAAAGAGAGAGGCCAUGCUGGGAUGUACUCAAGAGGAAAUAGACCAGAGAGAAAAGGAGCGCGACAACCGUCUGCAGGAGAUCCGGCAGCAGAGGGAAGAGCGAGGACAGAAAGGCCGUCCAGGCGUGGGAGCAGGAGAGGUGGGGAUGAGGAAGGUGGAGAAGUCCGCCGACGGCUCCAGCCUCAGCCAAGUCACCAAGACAGACCGCUUCGCUUCGUCUGAUGAUGGAAGCAGAUCAUCACGCAGCACUGUUGUUGAGUCCAGUUAUCUGCAGAAAACAGACAGAGGGACACUCCAGUCAAAGUCAUACAGCUUCAGCUCUUCCACAUCAUCAUCCUCCUCCAACACAAGCAAAAAAGUUGGCAGUGUGUUUGACCGCGAGGAUGAUACUUCGUCUCGCAGCGGCAGCAGUGGAUUGGCCGCGGUUGAGCGACUGCAGGCGGAGCGGCGCAAGGAGCUGAUGAGGGCUCAGUCUCUGCCCAAGACCUCGGCCAUGACGGCCCGCAAAGCCAUGAUAGAGAAGCUGGAGAAGGAGGGAGGCGGCCCUGGAAAUCAGGCGGUCGCCAAGGUAAACAAGGUCCAGCGCUCCACCAGCUUUGGCGUUCCCAACGCAAACUCCAUCAAGCAGAUGCUGCUCGACUGGUGCCGUGCCAAGACCCGCUCGUAUGAGCAUGUGGAUAUUCAGAACUUUUCAUCCAGCUGGAGUAACGGCAUGGCAUUUUGUGCCCUGGUGCACAAUUUUUUCCCUGAAUCCUUUGAAUACGAGUCCCUGAGCCCGAGCAACCGCAGGCAAAACUUUGAGAUGGCCUUCAACACAGCAGAGAAAAUGGUGGACUGCCCCCAGCUGUUGGAUGUGGACGACAUGGUGAAGAUGCGCGAGCCGGAUUGGAAGUGUGUGUAUACGUACCUGCAGGAGUUCUACAGGGGGCUGGUGACCAAGGGCCUGGUUAAAACCAAAAACUCCUCCUAGAGUCGCACCACAACUAAAACUGAACCCAUGGACGUAUGCCAACUGCAUGCCUCUGCUGGAGGUGGAGGACAUGAUGAUCAUGGGUAAUAAACCCGACUCCAAGUGUGUCUUCACCUACGUCCAGUCUCUGGUCAACCACCUGCGCAGAUACGAGAUGUCCAUGGGUCGGCCCUGUCCCCUCUGACCUCUGACCUGAGGGUGAAGCCUGGACGUGGCAUCAUGGACAAGUUGGGGAUUGUGUGCGUGUGAGCGUGUGUGUGUGUGUGUGUUUGUGUUCGUUUGCGUAUUAUCUUUGUUGGCAGUGGUGAUGUGUUUUCAUUAUUUCAUUAACACAAAGUCCGUCUUUUUACAGCAAGAGGGCGCCAAAGUUUUUAUAAGACUACCUUUUCAAAGCUUUAAAAAUGUAAUCUUUUUUUACUCUGCGUUGUACCAGGAACAUUUUAACAUGCAGAAGCCGUGUUACCACGCUAGUGUACUACAACAGAGAAAUCUUUGUAUAGUAUUUCCCCUUUAAGUUAUUUUUUACUAUAUCUCUGCCAUACUUUUGUAAUUAUAAACCUUGUUGGCAUUGCUGUAGGUCAUUCCACAAGAAGAAAAAUAUACCGUUGCCUUAUUUGGUUUUUAUCUCGGUACUUUUGAAUUGUUAAGACACACUGGCUGCUUGAAGUAUUUGAAUUUAAGUUAUUACGAUUCUGAUGUUGAUGUAACAGUUAGCAUAUUACUAUUUAAUACAGAGGGAAGUCCUUCAUUGUUCAAAUGGAUGCAGCGAGUAUGCAGUGAGUAAAUCUCACCUUUCUGAAUUUUAAAGUGCUACUGAGAACAUGUUUAACACUAUUUGAACUUUUUGAAAGCCUCCUGUAUUAUUCUAACAGCGAGUAUAUUUGUGGUCUAACACGUUUUUUUUAUUCAGGUAUAAAGAAAAAAGAGGAGUGGGCUGAGGUCAUUCGGCUGACUUGUAUAAUGACUUUUUUUUACUGCUGGACUGACAGCAUAUUUAGAAAAACAAAAUGUGUACAGCAGUGCUGCCUCACCCCAGCAUCACUGACUUACUGCCACACACACUCACACAGCUCUUUUAGAGGGCUUCUUAUUUAUGCUUGAGUAGAUUUUGUUGAAAUAUAUUAUUUUUAUUUUGUUAGUGUGUACAUCAUGCUUUGUUCAAAGCGUCAAUAAGCUCAAGCUAUUAGGAUGUUUUGUUGAACUAAUUGGGGUCACUUUUUGGACGAGUUAAAGGGCCUGAUGAAAGCCGGCUUUCUGUUUCAACGAGAGUUAUCAUGACUGAACAUAACUGCCAACUGUAUAUUUUACAACAUAAAGCUAAGGAAUUUUUUAAGGGUGAAAGAUUUGUAUUAUGCUUGUAAAAAUUAAGAUUCCUUUAAUAAGAAAUUCUGAUUGUCUCAGAGCUUAACGAGCUCGAUGAAACGUAUUUCUUAAAGGUUUUCUUUUGUUGUUUGGAGAAAUUAUUUGAGAUGAUUCCACCGCUGCCGAAUGAAAACAGAAUACCUUCCACGGAGCAGUGAGUGCUGUAAAUAAGAGCUUAAACACAUUAUAAUUUCAUGUUUCUGUGCACCACGGUCAAAUGUGAAUUGAAAUUAAACCAAUUUGAAAUGAA